CACAAUUUCAUUGUUGAUAUUGCGGAUUUACAGUGAUCUAUUCCUUAUUUCAUGCCCAAACACGUCUUAUGACCUUAACUGAAGCACAAUGAGCGCGCCCAACCCCGCCGGCGGAGCGGUAUGCCGCGGCCGCGUCAGCGCUGAGCAACUGGACGUGUUAUUGAACUUCAUGGAAGAGCAUCCGGACUUCGCGGCCGGCAAGCAGAGCUUCUACUCGCGGUUCAGCUCGAGCAAGCUGUGGCGGCUGCUUGCGGAGCGCAUCAACGCCGCCGCCGACGAGUCUGGAGGGACCAAGAAGUCGCCGGAUAAGUGGUGUCGGUACUGGGCAGACAUAAAGUACAAAGCUCGCAAGAAGAGUGCAGCGGCCGGAGCCCUCGGGGAGUUGUCCCACCACGAGGAGCGCCUGCGGGACCUGCUGAAAGCUGCUCCAGAUCCUGCUCCAAACUGCAACAAGAAUGCUUCACGCAAUAGUCACUCCGACGAAGACCGACGGGCAACACAAGAGGAUGAGACCUGGUCUGAUGGAGAAGGCAUCAGCGAGGCUGCCGGGGUGGCUACUGAGGAGUUACUGGCCGAGGCUGCCAUGAGGACAGCCCUGGCUGCGGAGAAGCAGGCCGAGUCGGUGUCUCAGGCUGUGGAGUUAUUGCGAGAGCUGGUGGGUAUACUGCGGCCGCGCCCGCCGCCGCCCGCGCCGCCGCAGCCGGAGCCCACCACGCUGAUACUGCAUCAGCAUCCGCAUGUUCAGCAUCAGACGCAUCAUCGGAUGUAGGGGUCAUUGACAUGGAUUGUUUGUGGUAGUCAGAAGAAUUAUGGAAUUGAAUUUAAAGUUGGCUUAUUGAUUGUGGGACUUUUGAAUGUAGUGCAAAUAAAUAAUAAUUGACUACUGCCAUGUUUAUUGUUGUGUAAUGAAGAAAAUGCCUUGAAUUUAGAAAUAAGUUGAAAAUUUUAAUUGCUAUUUUGCUAUACUAGGCUUGUUAGUUUUUAUUUUGUAAAUAAUUCCCAUACAUAUUAUUGUAAUCAGUAUUUUUAUAAUCGAUCGUAAGAAUAAAACAACUUAUAAAAUUA